AGGGUCCAGCGAUCCUCUCUCUCCCCGACCUGUUCACGCUCUCUCCGAAGGCCGGGCGGGACCAUGGGAAUCAAGUUUGCUCCGCUGAGGAUCCCCCUGGAACGUCGGCUGCAGACGCUGGGGGUCCUGCAAUGGGUAUUCUCAUUCCUGGCCCUCUCUCAAUGCUGCCUGCUUGUGUUUGUGUUCCUGCUGUUCACCAAGUACUGGUGUGUGUCGGUCCUGUACACCGUGUGGAUGUAUGUAGACCGUGAGACCCCAUCGAGUGGGGGCCGACGUUCCACCUGGGUCCGCAACUGGGCCAUCUGGAGAUACUUCCGCGAUUACUUCCCCAUAACGCUGGUGAAGACGGCAGAUUUGGACCCCAGCCACAACUACCUGUUUGGUUUCCACCCACACGGGGUCCUUGUUGCCGGGGCGUUCGGCAACUUCUGCACGGAGGCAACAGGAUUCAGCCACAUGUAUCCCGGGCUCACCCCUCACCUCCUCAUGUUGCCCUUCUGGUUCAACCUGCCCUUCUUUAGAGAAUACAUCAUCCCUUCAGGGCUGGUACCAUCGUGCCGUCUCAGUGCCGCCCGUGUGCUGGGCCGUGUGGGGGGGGGCCAGGUAGCGGUGGUGGCGGUGGGCGGCCCCCCGGAGGCGCUGGACGCACGGCCUGGCGCUCUCACCCUCCGCGUCCGUGCCCGUACUGGCUUCAUCCGCCUGGCGCUGACCACAGGUGCCCAGCUGGUCCCGGUCUUUUCCUUCGGAGAGAAUGAGCUCUUCGACCAAGUGGAGAAUCCCCCGGGAUCGGCCCUGCGUUACGCCCAGGACAAGCUGCAGAAGGUGAUGGGCUUGUCCUUUCCGCUCUUCCACGCCCGAGGAGUCUUCCAGUACAGCUUCGGGCUGCUGCCCUACCGCAAGCCCAUCUACACUGUAGUUGGGAAGCCAAUCCCGGUGGAAAGGAAUGCCAGCCCCACGGACCAGGACAUCGAGAGCUUGCACAAGGCCUACCUGGAUCAGCUCACCUGCCUUUUCGAGGAGAACAAGAUCAAGUUCGGCCUAGCCGAGAACAGCCACCUCGAGUUAAUAUAGCCCGCACACACACACUAAAAAACUGGGGUAAUCUCAGCGGGUCGGGCAGCAUCUCUGGAGAAACAUAGAAACAUAGACAAUAGGUGCAGGAGCAGAGGCCAUUCGGCCCUACAAGCCAG